AUGGAAAGUCAGGCAGUGCAAGUGGACAAAAUUCUGUACAUUAGUGGUUCGUUGGGACUGGUACCUGAAACAGGUGAUUUUGCUGGUGCAAGCAUAAAAGAACAGACAGAACAAACUUUGAAAAAUAUCGGUGCUAUUCUUGAAGCUGCUGGCUGUGAUUAUAGUAGCGGCAAGUUUGAAAGCUAUGUUCACAAAAAUUUAGUCAAAAAUAGUAUGGUGAAAACCACUGUAUUAUUGGCAGACAUGACGGAUUUCGAUGUCAUGAAUAAUGUUUAUAAACAAUAUUUUUGCAAGGAUUUUCCGGCUCGUGUCACCUAUCAGGUGGCGGCUCUACCUAAAAAUGCUCGUGUAGAAAUCGAAGCAAUUGCUGUGAUUGAUGAUGCAAGAGUAUAA